AAAGCGAUAGCCUAGGGGCGUCGCGCGCAGCCGGUUUGACCCCGGUGCCGGGAGCAGUUGUCAUUGGAGCUGGGGAGGCGGAACGAGUGUGGUGGUCGCCGCGCUCCUUGGUUCCUUCCCCGCCCGACACCCCGCUGCCGCCAUGGCGGGGGUGCUGGCCCGCAAGGCCGUGGACUAUGUGCGGAGCAAGGACUUCAGGGACUAUCUGAUGAGUACGCACUUUUGGGGACCGGUAGCCAACUGGGGACUCCCUAUUGCUGCUAUUAAUGACAUGAAGAAAUCUCCAGAGAUCAUUAGUGGCCGAAUGACAUUUGCACUGUGUUGUUACUCUUUGACUUUUAUGAGAUUUGCCUACAAGGUACAGCCAAGAAACUGGCUUCUGUUUGCAUGUCAUUUCACUAAUGAAAUUGCACAGCUAAUCCAAGGAGGACGACUGAUGAAAUACAAGAUGGAAAAGAAGAACUAAAUAUCUUUAUCUUGGAAAAACAGGGAAUGUGGCCCUCAUCAUGAAUUCCAACAAAGGAAGAGCUCUACAGCUCCUGUGAUGCAGACUUCUGCAUUUUCUUCUCAUCAUAAAAUUCUUCAUGAAUGCAAGAUCUUGCCAACACAAAACACAUCAUCCUUCCACUAAAUUUUGUAGCCUGCCUUUUUUGUAAAGUACUCUUCCGAAUGUAAACAAUUACAUCUAACUCUUUGCUGCCUUACAAGUUACUUACUUCUUUCUGUUAGUGAAAUUACUUAUCCAAACCAUGUGUUCAAUGAUUUUUUUUUAAAAGGUGAGAACUUUUGUUUUUAUUUAACCAGCUACAUAACUGAAUGAAUGGCACAGGACCAUUUCAUGCAUCUUAAGCCAGCUAGAUCAAUGUGAACAUAGAGAUCAGUAAGACACAAUUGUAGGUGGUGUAAUUGUUCUGCAUAUUUAAAUAUUUUAAAAACCAUAUUUUUUUUUAAACAUAAUUUCUGGUCCCUAGAAUCACCUUGAGAGAAGCAAGAAUUUCUUGUAAACUGAAGGAGGGUAACAGGGUUACAAACAUGCAUAUUUAAGAAGCUUGGAAUGUUGUGGAUUUUUAUAAUUUUGUUAAACAUAUUCCUUUUGUACACUUGGGCCUCUGAAGAUGGUUCCAGUCCUUAUUCAGGCAAAAAAACUUCCCUUUACUUCAGUGGGAGCCUUGUCAGGGUAAGAUCUGAAGGAUAAAACUCCAUUGUCUGUUUUCCUCCACAUUGUGGCAGUCAAGUUUUUUUUUUUUUUCGUACUUCAUUAUACUUGCUUGAAAGUGGCAUCAACAACUGCAGAUAAUGCAUACAACAUAAAUAAUGAAUGUGACAGAUGUAAUUUUAUUAUCAGUAAAAUGAUUUUGGACAGUAAAAUCUGUCCCAACUAAGUAUGUACUGUCAAAAAGUUUUAAUCAAAAUAAUGGCAAUAAAUAAUUUCGAUAAAACUCUGAUGCAAGUCAUCUUCGCAAUGAAAUAGAAUAUUUUUCUUAUAUGCCAAUAUGAGAUCUUAAAGGAAAUCUCCUACAGAUGAGAAGUCUGAUGGUCAAGGCCUCUCAGAUAUAGGGGCCAUUUUUUGUUGCAAUGAGCUGAAUUUAAAAUUAAAGCAAACUGGUAUAUGAAAA